GCGGAGAGAGGAGUGACGUCUGCGAUUACAACAAAUAGGUCAAAGUAUACACGAGAUUCAUUUAUUAAUCACCUCGCCGCGCGAGCCAGUUUAUUAGUGCAUCGUGUCAGUCUCGUUUAGGCUUCGACAAAUUCAGCAUGAUCCGCCUGGGCCGCCUGGUUUCCACCGUAAAGGUGGUGCAGCCAAAACAACAUGCCCUACAGAUUGUUCCCAGAGCUCUACUUGCAUCGGCCCCGCCUGAGGCAAGCAAGGACAAGGAGCCCAAGGAGAACCAAUCUUUCACGAUGAAUCUGUUCAGGGGGGUGGUCCAGGGCAGCCAGGUGUUUCCUUAUCCUGACGUUUUGAAUGCAGAACAAAGAGAAACCCUGCAGAUGCUGAUCGACCCCACUGAGAAAUUCUUUGCUGAACAAAACGAUCCUGCUAAGAAUGACGCCACAGAGCAAGUCGACCCUGUCACUCUUCAAGGACUCAGGGAAUUGGGUGCAUUCGGUCUUCAGGUGCCGACUGAGUUGAAUGGUGUCGGCUUGAGCAACACCCAGUAUGCAAGAAUGGUCGAAAUUGUCGGCGCCAAUGACCUUGGUGUCGGCAUUACUCUUGGUGCCCAUCAGUCCAUUGGGUUCAAGGGUAUUCUGCUCUAUGGUACUGACGCACAGAAGCAGAAGUAUCUGCCCAAGGUUGCUUCUGGAGAGCAUUUUGCUGCUUUUUGCCUCACUGAGCCAAGCAGUGGAAGUGAUGCCGGCUCAAUCAAGACGCGUGCUGUUUUGUCUCCUGAUGGCAAGCACUUCAUUCUCAAUGGAAGCAAGAUCUGGAUCAGUAAUGGUGGACUUGCUGAGGUCAUGACUGUGUUUGCUCAAACACCGAUUAAGGAUGAAAAGACUGGUGCUGAGAAAGACAAGGUGACUGCUUUCAUUGUGCAGAGGAGCUUUGGUGGAGUGACCAGCGGCCCUCCUGAGAAGAAAAUGGGCAUCAAAUGCUCAAACACUACUGAGGUCUACUACGAGGAUGUAAAAAUUCCGAUUGAGAAUGUCCUUGGUGGAGUUGGAAACGGUUUCAAGGUGGCCAUGAAUAUUUUGAACAACGGUCGCUUUGGCAUGGGCGCCGCCCUGUCUGGCACCAUGCGUGCUGUUAUCCGCAAGGCCGUCGACCAUGCCGUCACUCGUGUACAGUUUGGACACACCCUGAAGGAGUAUGGUGCCAUCCAGGAAAAGAUAGCCCGCAUGGCUAUGCUGCAGUACGUCACCGAGUCGAUGGCCUACAUGAUCAGCUCCAAUAUGGACUCUGGCUCCGUCGAUUACCACUUGGAGGCGGCGAUCAGCAAAAUUUUCGCCUCUGAAGCUGCCUGGUACGUCACUGACGAGGCCAUCCAGAUUCUCGGUGGAAUGGGCUUCAUGAAGGACACGGGACUCGAGAGAGUCAUGAGGGAUCUCCGCAUCUUCAGGAUCUUUGAGGGCACCAACGACAUUCUCAGGCUCUUUGUCGCUCUUACUGGCAUUCAGUACGCUGGUAGCCAUCUGAAGGAGCUCCAAAGGGCUUUCAAGAACCCCGCUGCCAACCUUGGAAUCAUCUUCAGUGAAGCCGGACGUCGCGCCUUCCGCAGUGUCGGCCUCGGUUCAACCCCUUCCCUUGGAGGUGUCCACCCUAAUCUCUCCUCGUCCGCCACGCAAAUCGCAAAGUGCGUGGGCAACUUUGGUGAAGCCGUUGAGUCCCUUUUGAUGAAGCACGGCCGCUCAAUCGUUGACAAACAGUUUGAGCUUAACAGACUUGCCAGCGCCGCCAUUGACAUUUACUCGUCUGCUGUUGUCCUCUCGCGAGCAUCGAGAGCGCUAGAAAGCGGAGCAUCCACAGCCAAGCACGAAGAGAAUCUGGCUUCUGUUUGGUGCUCUGAGGCUGCGGACCGAGUUAGGAUCAACCUGAGCGCGCUUGGAUCAAGCUCCAGCUUAGACAACUUCAAGCGGAUGUCCGCCAUCGCUGGUGACGUGUGCGAAGCUGGUGGUUUGGUCCAGGAGCAUCCCCUCAGACUCUAAGCUAAGACUUUCUACCAUUUAUUUAUGCUGCGAUCUUGAGAGGAGACUGGACUGCCAACUUAAUGAUCAAUUUUGUUGAUUAUACUGUUAUGUAAUCUUUAGUUUCUACCUCUGUAAUUGACUCAAUCUAUUAAAGUAUUAAACUUUUA